UCUCAACAUCUGCACCUGGAGAAAUAAGUCCUAGGGGCAGAGAAGAAUCACGUACCAACCUAACACACUUCUGCCCUACAAGUACCCACUGGUUCAGACUUGCAGUGUCAGCACUCUUUGAUCGCAUCUUCACAAUCGAAUUGUCUCGGCAGAUGCAGUUGGAGAAGAUGAACUCUGACAAGGGCACCUCAUGGAAGGCCCCCAGGGCCCCAGGCCAUGAUCCUUUCCGUUCAGUGCCAAUGGAAGGUUCGAAUAAUGUCGCCUUUUCCAGCAGAGGUCACCCAAUUCUCAAUGCAACAGUACCUAGCGAAGAGGCUGACUGCAGCUUGUCAUCUUCUUGGCGACUGACAAACAAGGGACUUGUGCCUGUGUCGGUGCCUGCAUUGGACGCAAAAGAUCUUUCGUUACACAGAGAUGGAGUACGGUAUCCCCUGGUCUUGUCAAGAAAGGGAAAUGCUCGGGAUCGGAUUAGAACCAAGUGUAGCAUAGUUAUUUUCUUGGCUCUGAAAGUCCAGGAUCCCCCUAUUGUUUACCUAGGAGAAGGGAACCUUGAAGCAAGAGAAAUGGAAGGCUUUCCCCCCUGAGAUAGCUGGCCUUUGUUUGAAUCUUCUUGGUCUCUGCUACCAUACAUGAUUUAGACUCGCUGCACUCUCAUUCCUUUUCUGAUUUUGACUUUCUCCCACGAAGCGAACCUAUAUUGACCGAUACGAUACGAUCCAAUGCGAUACGUACGAGCUCCACAUCCAAC